AUGAUGCUUGCAUCGCGGGCUGCGGUGCCGGUCGCGGCCUCUGCGCCCCGUGAGGCGUGUUCUGCGCCCCACCACAGUGCUCUUCGAGCUAGCUCGUCCGGUUUUAGAGACCGACGCGCCCGCGUGGCGACGCCGCGCGCACCCGUAGCGCAGCCCACACGGCGCCCGUGCCGCGCGCAAGGAGCGGCCAGUGCGACGGCUGCGGUCGCGCAGCUGCCCCAUGGCAUCGCAGGCUUCCUGCUCGCCGACCCCAUCGGACAAGGAGUCCUCUCUCUCGCCGGUCUCGUCGCAGCGAUGGCCGCAGUUGGCGCUGCCGACGCCGUGGCCGCUCCGAAGACCGCUCGCUCCGCCAGCAAGGAGGCCCCGAAGUCCCCCGCGGCGCUGCUGAAGGGCAUCCUGGCGCGCGCAUCGCGGGUUUCCACCGUCGUGAACGCCGUCGCCGCCCCGCUCAGGAUCCAUUUGCUGGUCCUGGCCCUGGUCAAGGCGGUGGAGGUGGCGACGGGCGGCCUCGAGCGCGCGGUCUCGGGCGCCUCCGCCGUCGGCCUUACGAUUCCUCCCCCCACGGACCCCACCCUCCAGCUCAUCCUCUCCUCCAUCUCGACGUCCUUUGCCAAAGCCUGCGCGUCGCUCGCGACCCUCAGCAAGGUCUCGGGCAUCACGAUGACCGCCUGGGCGAUGCUGCGCUGGCGGGACGCCGCGCUCGUCGUCGUCGACAAGGCCCUGCAGGCCAGCGCCGAGUCGGACAGCGAUGAGGGGACUCCCGAGGCAGAAACGGCGGAACUGGCGCUCGGCAUCGUCAACGCCGCGGGCCUGCUCGGCUGGGUCGUGUGCGGGUGGGCGCUGCUCGGCGUGCUCGCCGCCGUGGGCAUCGACAUCCGCCCGUUCCUGGCCCUCACAGGCGUGUCAGGCCUCGUGGCUGGGUUCGCGGCGCAGUCGUUCAUCGGGAACAUCCUGGCCGGCGCGACGAUCUUCCUCUCGCGGCCGUUCGCGGUCGGGGAGCGCAUCGAGCUGCGGACGUCGACGGGCAGCACGCUGGUGCUGUCGGGCGUGGUGACGCGCGUGCAGCCCACGCGCGUGACGGUGCGCAACGACGAGGGGCUGCGCGUCACGGUGCCGAACAAGUCGGUGCUGGACUGCAUGGUCGUGCACAAGGGCGCGGGCGGGCGCGUGCAGAAGGCCUGA